UUUAUUAUUAUUUUAUAAAAAAAUGGCUUCAUAUGCGAUUUGAAUAAGCAGUGAAAUAUUAUAAAAAUUAAGAAAUAUUUGAAAUUAAUCGAUGAAAUAAAUCGACUAAACACGUUCGUCCAUCGACCGUGCUGUAAACGUCAAAUGCGUCGUCGAACGGCAAGUUAUUGUUGAUUCAAUUGAAGAGCAAGAGCAGCACAAUUGCACAGUCCAAAACGCACAGAAAGAUGAAUUUUGUUCAGGAAAAUAAUCACGUACUUUACCUGUGGAGCGGUGCCGUUGGGCCGGAAAUCGAGAAGGAAGUGAACGAAAUCAAAUCCAUUCCAAAAGUGCAGGUGAAUGUGGAAAAUGUUGACCGUCUGCAGCUUGCCGAGUAUGGAAAUUCACAAUUUGAUGUAAUUCUGGCACAAGUUUCCACCUCAAACACAACUCUUGUAACGCUGCUGGUAAAGUUGCUGAAGCCCAAGGGCAAAGUUGUGUUCCGAGAUGAUUCAGCAGCAAGCGUUGAGCAGGCACGUUCUAAUCUAUUGCUGGCGGGAUUUAUCAACAUUGUGGCAUCGGACAAUAAUGUGUACGUCGGCGAGAAACCAGACUACGAAGUUGGCUCAAAAUCGAAGCUGUCCUUUGCCAACAAAUCGAAGGUAGCCGCUGUAUGGAAACUGGACGAUGAUGAAGAGGAAGAACGCAUUGACGACGAGGAACUGUUGGAUGAGGAAGACAAGGCCAAACCGUCUGCCGAAUCUCUUCGAGUUUGUGGAACAACCGGCAAAAGAAAGGCCUGCAAAGAUUGCUCCUGCGGACUAGCGGAAGAACUGGAUGCAGAAGCAAAAGGCAAAGCAGUUAUCGACACCACAGCGAAAUCUUCUUGUGGAAGUUGCUAUCUGGGAGAUGCAUUCCGGUGUGCCACCUGUCCAUAUUUGGGUAUGCCGGCAUUCAAGCCGGGCGAGAAAAUUCAGCUCAGCGAUACGCAAAUGCAGGCGGACAUUUAAAAAGCCGGUCGUAAUAGAACAACAUAACGUUAUGGUUUACAGUGUUUGAGAUAUGAAGCAACAAUAUGAGCACAGUUUGAGAGUGAUAAGCGAAGAGAAUAAUAUUAGCUUUUGCUAAUUAUUUGCUGAAGAAA